UUUGUCGAUGACAAGAGGCUCCUGCUGCUUGCGUGACUUGUAACGUACGUGACGCCGCACCACCUCCCUCUUCUCUCCUCCCUUUGUGCAGUUGACAAGCCCCUUCUCGGCCAGGACAGGAACACACAGAGAUAAUGGCAGUACCUCCCACCUACGUCGACCUUGGAAAGUCUGCCAGGGAUGUUUUCACAAAGGGAUAUGGCUUUGGGGUCAUCAAGCUGGACUUGAAAACAAAGUCUGAGAAUGGACUGGAGUUCACCAGCACAGGCUCUGCCAACACUGAGACCAGCAAGGUCGCUGGAUCCCUGGAGACCAAGUACAAGUGGGCGGAGCACGGACUGACCUUCACAGAGAAGUGGAACACCGACAACACCCUGGGGACCGAGAUCACCCUUGAAGACCAGUUGGCUAAGGGGCUUAAGCUGACGUUUGAUUCCUCCUUCUCGCCAAACACUGGCAAGAAGGGCGGCAAGGUCAAGACAGGCUACAAGUGCGACCACAUCAACCUCGGCUGUGACGUUAACUACGACAUCAACGGCACAGCCAUCCACGGCGCAGCAGUGGUGGGCUACGAGGGCUGGCUGGCCGGCUACCAGAUGACCUUCGAGGCUGGCAGGAACAGGAUCACCCAGAGCAACUUUGCGGUCGGAUUCAAGACGGACGAGUUCCAGCUCCAUACGAAUGUAAAUGAUGGCACUGAGUUUGGCGGCUCCAUCUACCAGAAGGUGAACGACCAGCUAGAGACGGCGGUCAACCUGGCCUGGACUGCCGGAAACAGCAACACCCGCUUUGGCAUCGCUGCCAAAUAUCAGAUUGAUCCUGAUGCAUCCUUCUCUGCCAAGGUGAACAACUCUAGCCUUGUGGGCCUGGGCUACACUCAGACUCUGAAGCCAGGCAUCAAGCUGACGCUCUCUGCUCUCCUUGAUGGCAAGAACAUCAACGCUGGUGGCCACAAGCUUGGUCUCGGCCUGGAGUUCCAGGCGUAGGAGGACGAGGCAGACGCCCUGUUAAUCCUCCCAGCACACAUGUAUUCCCACCUAAAAAAAACAAAAAAAAAUCCAAAUCCUUUAUUGAUUAGCUAGCCCUCACAAAACCUCUACGAUUCCUAGACAUGCUACAGCUGCAGACAAGACAGCAUAAAGGUCAAAUCGUUCUCGCAACGAUCUGCCACUUUUAAAGGACCACUUUAAGGGAACAUUAUAUUUUGAAAAUAAAGAGCUGAGUUCAGAACAAAAUGACCAUUCAACAAGAAAGUUUUAUCUUGAACUGUGUAGCUUGCAAAGGAAAGGUAGCGUUGAGUACAGUUAUGUUGGCCUCACUCUUUGUCAUUUCACUACAUUGGUAUAUGAUGCUUUAAUUUGUGUGUCUCUCUGCUUUCCAAUGCAGAUCAAAGGGAAAGGGCAGUUAGCAUACAGUUGUAGUUACACCACCAGAUGGUGCUGUUUCAUAGCGCCAUUAAGCACUCCUCGCUCUAAAGUUGUAGUGGUGAAAUAACUGUGUAAUUUUCACACUUCUGCACUGGAGAGCUUAAAUGUUUGUCUUGAUAUAUUAUAUAAUGGGAGGGUUAGUUGUCCCUGAUGUAAGCAGCUGUCAUUAGCUCCAAGAGACACUAUACCCCAGUGUGGACAUAUUGUGUUUUCGUCUCACUUGUUUUUUGUGUCCGUGCAUUUGGUGUGAAACAUGUCUUUUGUUACAUAUAGUAAAAAUAAUAUUAUUUUAUUGACAGUCUUGCAUAGUUUAUUCCACCUGUGAAGUCUUACAAAGGCAAAAACCUGUCGAUUCUUCCUGGUCGAGCAAAGGAAGGGAAACUUAACGUGCGUACAGUUACACUUCUCUGGAUAAGAGUUACAGUACUUCUGUGAGGGAGGAUGAAAAUGAUAAUUACAGUGGACAGGUUAUGGUAGUCUUCCACAACUGGUUAUGGGAAUCAUGCUUAGUGUACUUGACAGUAUUGUCAUUCCCUGAUUAAAUAAAGAACAUCUUGAACCAGUC